AUGGAGGAGUGCGACGGCGCUGAAGUGCAGCCCUGUAUCCGCGUUGACACGGACCCCACCGCAGGCGUCGACUCUAUCGGGCUCGUGUCCUCCAUUUUUGUCUCACGAAGCGCGGCGACAGCCGCCUCGCGCACGCCACCGCAGGAGAGCGAAGUGCCUCCGGCGGCUGCGGUGCAACGAGCUCAAUCCGCUCCACUCCAAGCACUCGCACCUGCUGCGGCCACUGCUGCCUGGGGACCUGCUGCCACGCCUACAGGUGUUGCCGUGAACACAGGGGUGGGUGGUACGCUGUGGCAGCAGGCGUUUGCGGCGCACGCGGAGGCGCUGCUGCACGAGACACAGCAGCAGGUGGGUGAGCUGCGCCGGUACCGGCAGAAGGCCGUGCGAGAGGCCCAGCGGGCUGACGCAGUAGCGGCUGCGAGCCGUGCACUGGAAGUACAGCUCGCGGAAGCGGACGCGAAGCGUGCCGAGGAGCGCACAGCACACGAGCGUGCGGUCAAGGCGCUGUCUCAGCAGGUGCUGCGACUCGAGGAGGCGGUCGGGGUGCUGCGGCGCACAAAACUGGAGCUGCAGCGGCAGAUCAAGGGGGCGCAGACAGCGGCAGCACAGCAGGAGGCGAUGCACCGGCGUGAGCUGCGAGAGGUGCGAAGCGCAUUCGAAAGUGAAAUUCAGCGAAUGCGCGCCGAGCACCACCUGCAGGCAGAUGAGUGGCGCCACGAGCGGCACCGUCUCGAGGAAAAACUAGUCGAGUGUGAUGUGACGGGGGUCGCGGUAUCCAUGCAGCAUAUGCAGCUGAUGGCGCGUCGCGCCGAGCUCGAGCGUAAGCACGAAGCCGUCGCAGCUGCUUCGCUGGUUGCGACGCCGACGCCUGCCUAUGAGGCCGAGGCAGAGCGCGCCGCAGCGGUUCCUCGCGUGGAUGCGGCCACCAGCACUGACGCGGUGGCGCUUCCCACCGCCCAAGCGAUGCCGCAAGAGGACGAUGCCUCGCCAUACACGCGCGUGCAUCGUGACGUGCUGGCGCAGCAGCAGCUGCGGGAGCAGACCAUGCUGUCUGAGCUGUCCAUUGCCGACGCCCGCAUUCAGCAAGAGUCGAAGCAACGACGACUUGCCGAGGAGCGCGUCGUCGAGCUGCUGGAGCAGAGCGAGCAGCUGCGGGAGGCACUGACGGAUGCGGAGGCGGCCGCGAUGAACACGGAACGCGUGUCCGAGGUGGCGAGGCAAGAAACAGCAGUGGCGGUCACAGCCGAGGCGGCUGACGGCAGAGGCAAUGCCGGUCACCAGAUGGGUCGGCGCGAUGCCGUGGCGCACGGCACCGAGCAUGAUCCGCGAGCGCAGGAGAAACUGCUGCAGGAGAUUCAAGACGAGUACGCGACGCUUCGUCGGGAGAGCUCCGUCUUCUUUGGGCGGCACAGAGAGCAGCAGCGUCGGGAGAUGGAGCGGUGGGCUGCCGUGCGCACCGCCGUUGGUGCUGUCCUCCAUGUGGCGGGCUUGCACGACGUUCGGAGGACUCUCGAGGAUGCUCCUGCUGCUGCUGCUGCUGCUGAUACAUCGAAUCUCAGCCGCCUUGGCGAAGUUUUCGCAGACUCCAGUGAGGCGUCGCUCAAUGCCACCCUGGUCGCGCUCGACACUCUCGCCUCCACCCUGCGCUCGCAGCAGGAGCAGCAGCGCCGUCUUUCAACGCUCGAGGAGGCGUUGCGCGUGGCGGAGGCGCAGAACGAGGUGCGUAUCGCGUCCCUUGAGGCCACCGAGGCCCAGUUGCACGAGUCGCAACGCGAGCUUUCGGCGUGGCAGCGACGCCACAACGAUCUAGCGGCUCGCCAGGACGUACACGAUGCGGCGUGGCAAGCGGCAAAGGUGCAGCUGAAGCAGAUCAUCGGUAUUCUGCGGCGUGCGCUGCGAGAGUACGCUCAGCCCCUGCCUGCAUCGUUGACACGGUUGAGCUCUCUGGGUGAGGAUGCCGACAGUGCAGGCCGCCGAGUCACGAGGAGGAGGGACGCUCGCGCGAUGAAGCAGCGGUCGCGGAGCUCACCCGCCUCUGCCGCGUCGCUCGACGGUGUCGAAGACAUCGAAGGCCACGCUGCCAUGCUGCCAACAACGGCCGACGCUGCGCCUGUGUGGGUUUCCGAUGGCGACGCGAUCGCAGACGCGGAUUGGAAGGACCUGCUUCAAGACGCAUUCGUGCUGCCCAAGGUGGCCUGCGAGGGGGACAAGGUGGUGGAUCGCCCUGAAACCGUUGCCGACGGUGAAGGCGAAUCGCUCUCGCGGCGGCGCUCCACACGGACUGCGAGCCUGCCCCUGUCAUCGGCGGCCACGCUGGUCGUCGUGAAAUCCACGGAUGAUGGAAGUGAUGCGGCACACAGUGAAGUGCGCCGUGAUAUGGCGGUGGUGGUGUGGGGCCUGUUGAAGUUGCUCACAGCGUGGCGCGAUCGCCAGCAUACUCUUGUAGGGGCGCGGAAGGCGUUGCAACGGCAACUCGCGGAUGUGACGGCGAAGAGCACCGCCCUGGCAGCGGAGAAGCGAGAGACGGCGACACGCUGUCAACGACAGCUGCGCCUCUCUCGUGCCGUGGAGCAGCGCCGCGCGCAGCAGCUCGAGCAGGCACAGAACGAACUGGAGGACGCGAAACGACGGCACAUGCUCGACAGCGCGCAAGCGCUCCAGAAGGCGGCAGAGUGGGAAGGCGAGCGCGACGCGCUCCGUCGCCGUCUACGCGUCACCGAGGAGCAGCUGAACCACGCCGAGCAGGCGCUCGUGGAGGCAGAUGUGGAUCACAACGCACAGCACGCUUCGCAGGAAGCGCUGCAGCAUGUAUUGAACGACGUCACGGCGGCGCGCGAUCGCCUGGAGCGCCGUCAGGCUGACCUUUGUGUGCACAUUGAGGAUCUAGAAGCACGACUGUCGGUCACGGAGCGGACGCAGACGGACCUGCACGCGCUGAUCACAACAUCCGUGGCGUUCAUUGUGCGACUCUUGGCGGACCACCAACAGCUGCAGGAACACUAUCGAGUUCUGCGCACGCUCGCGUGGACCGAUGCACAGUCGGCGAGGAUGGUCGAGCGCGUACUAGAGAACUGCUGCCCAGAAAGAAGUGAGCAAGCGACGGCACGGGCCGGUGAGAGGGAGCUUCCCUGGUCAACGGGGGCUGCAAGUGGAGUAUCCGCUUCUCCCGCGGGGGCUGCACCGCACUCAGAGACUUCUGCUGCGCUCUUCCGUAUAGCCGGCCAUGUUGUGCGAGCGGUGGUGCGGCUUUCGCAGCUCCUGGCAGCGCGCCAGCGCCUGAGGAGUAACGCCGGUACGCGCCGCAGCGAUGGUGCUCUCCUCUCGCCCUCGGCAGCAGCGGUGGAGCCGGCGUCACUGCAGCCGCUCUUACUGGCGCUGUCCUCCGCCUUUGCGUGGGGUGCUGCGACUCCGGCGCUCAACAGCGCGGCGGCCUCACCCCACGAUAACCGUCUACGGCGCUACACGGCACGCCCAGACUCCUGCGUGCUCCCGGUUGUCCGUCUCCCAGCACCGCUCGAACUUGCAGCCGUCGCGCACACUGAAGCGGCAGAGGUAGAGGCCGGAGGGCAUGCUGGAUUGCCCAAGGUCCGCUUCGACUUCAGCAGUCGCGCGUGCGAGGAUGAGGAGACGCACAUCGGCGCGGACCACCACCACCAGCAGCAGCAGCAGCUCGUGCAGCUCCUCAGCGCUGCGCAGAUUGACAUGCACGCUCCCACGACGCAGCACCUGUGUGCUGGGGUGUUGGCAGCCAGCUCAGCGAGUGCGCGCGCUACGGUGGAGCUCCUGCAGCUCGCCCAAGUGCGCGAAGCCUUGAGUGCGACGUUGUUGAGCCACCGAGAUCGGAAUCGUCUGUCGCUCGCGAAACCACAGCCGAUGCUUCCGGUGCCAGAUCUGCGCCCUCUCCUUCCAGACCGACUCGCCGCGCUCCUUCAGUCACACCUGCAGCGGGCCGCCACGCAGGCCCGUCAAGUGGCGGAGUCGCACAUGCUGGUGCAGCGGCUGAUGCAACACAACGAAACGCUGGUGUCCGCGCUGAAGCAACGGACUAACGAGCACGCCGCCGCCUCCGCGGAGGUGCGGUGUCUGACAUCGCAGCUGCAACUGCAGCAGGCGGAGCGAGCGGAGCGCACCGCCAUGCAAGAAAGGCUGGUCGAAGUGCGCGCAUCACUCCUGCGGGAGCGCGAGCUGCGCCGCGCGGUGGAGGCGCGUCUGGCGGCGUUGCAACAGGCGCGACUUCAGUGGCUCAGCGAUCGAGAGCAGUACAAGCGUGAGGUGUACUCGUUGAACAUGGAGCUGGCCAACACCUCUGUGGGAAGUGCGCCGCCCGCUGGCGAGGAGGCGUGCCCUCUUCCUCCUUUUGCAGAUGGAGGUGGUGCUGAGCCGGCAUUGACCACGUCUGCGCUGUCGAUACAAGUAGAUAACACAACGAUGUCGGACGCCGCGCGCCGCCCUGCGGCACCGCCGUCACACCUGGAUACACUCGCGGACAGUGUAAUGGAGAGGAGGGCACUGUGCGAGCAGGAUAGCGCGCACGGCAGCCAUCCUCAGGUCUGGCGCGCCGCAGCUUCCGCGGCGGAGGUGGACUACCAGCGGAACUCCGAGAACGUCUACUACUACGAGCUGCUCCGAAACGGCCUUGAGCGCGACAGCCACGCUCGCGCCGGGCAUCGUCAUGGAGGCAAUACUGGUGCAUGCAUGGACGCUCCAAAGUGGAGUAGCGCGCAUGGUGAGACACCCCCGUUGCGGACGCUGCAUUACCGCCCUCGUAGCAACUUGCCCACGCCGCAGGAUCUCGCCGAGAGCGGAUCGCCGGACGAUACCCGCUCUGCUGGUGGUGCUCCUGCUGCUGGUGGUGCUGCAGGGGGGGUUCGGUCAACCAGCGAUACCGAUGCGUCCCUGUCGAACGAGCAGCGGCAGCCGCACGGUCCAUCGUGCGCAACGGGCCUUCCGCCGACAGCGGCGAGCAUGGCCACACUGAAGACGACAACGCCUGCGGAACGGCCGCCUGCACCGCAACCGCUGCUAACUUCGGCGAACGCGCUGGAGUUGUACGUGCCAAGCGUGGUUCGCCAGCGUGAGAAGCCCCGCAGCCACAACGCCGAGAACUGUGAGGAGCGACGGCUGGGCACCACCGCCAAAACGACCCAAGCGAGGCAAAAGACUUUUGACAACGAAGGAUUCGGUGUCGUGAGCCACGCUACCGCGACUGCAUCGCCAUCUUCAUCAUUUCCGGCGGAUGUGCCAGCACCAGAGUUGGAUGUUUGCGCCGCAACGCCGCCACCUCUCUUGCCGCCGCCACCGCUGCGAUCCGCAGAGACGCCGGGGGAGGGACGCCGCGGAUCGACGCGUCAGCAGCUACGGAGGUCUGCGGCGUAUGCGGUGGAGCCACCGUCCGCAGUCGCCGCCACCGCACUCUCCAUCGAACGGCGUGAGUGCCUCUGCGUCGGCCGACAUGCGCACAGAGGCGCCUGCAUUAUCGAGGAAGGAGUUUACCUCCACUGGUGA